GGUUUCCAGGGCUCCAAGCUGCUUGGGUGGAGUACAAGCCUGACUUUGCUUCCUAAAGCUGAUACCUAAAGCAUAAUUCACCACCAUGAGGCUGUCUCUAUGUCUCCUGAUGGUCAUUCUGGCCAUUUGCUGCUAUGAGAGUGAUGCAGCUGCCUGCCCAGAACUUACAGUUGCAAGCUCAAAUUAUCUGCUAACUCCUGAAAAACCAUUCAGAUUGUACCUGUCGAAAUUUGGGGCACCUGCAGAAGCUACCGAGGCAUUUGUGGAGGCAAAGAAAUGCACGGAUCAGAUCUCCCUUGCACAUAGAUUGCUAAUUAAAGGUGUAGUGGCAGAAAUCAUAAAAGCUUGUGAUGUAUGAGCUGCAUAUCACGGUUAAUCCUGGUUUCACCAUCCAUCAAGGAAAGCCUGGAUCCUCAGUACAAUGCAAAGGCGUCAACAAUUUGUUUUAAUAAAUCACUUUCCCUGCA